CGAAGUCUACAUGAUAGGUGCCGACUGCUGAGACAGAGUACGGUCGCGAGAGUGAAGGCAAGGAAAAACACCCAAACGGCCCAACCCCAGGAAGCCCCGUCGGACCCUACAGACCCUAACCCUAGCGCUCCCGACGCGCCGCGGAGCGAUGGCGAUGGACGCGGAGCGGCGGCAGGCGGAGCUGAUCGCGCAGUUCUCCGCUCAGGCGGCGGCGCUUUCGUCCGCGCCCCAGCUCGCCGCGCUGGUGCUUGAGGCCACCUCCCACCCGGCCCUCUUCGCCUUCUCCGAGCUCCUCACCCUCCCGGCCCUCUCCAAGCUCACUGGCACGCAGUACGCGUCGUCACUGGACUUGCUCCGGCUCUUCGCCUACGGUACCCUGAAUGACUACAAGAGUAAUUCUGGAUUCCUUCCAGCACUGUUGCCUGACCAGGUCCGAAAGCUAAAGCAGCUCAGCGUGCUAACUCUGGCAGAGUCAACUAAGAUACUACCAUAUGAUCAGCUCAUGCAAGAGUUAGACGUUUCAAAUGUAAGAGAACUCGAAGAUUUCCUAAUCAAUGAGUGCAUGUAUUCGGGUAUCGUUAGAGGCAAACUGGAUCAGCUGAGAAGGUGCUUUGAGGUACAAUUUGCAGCUGGAAGAGAUCUUACACCUGAUCAGCUAAAGAACAUGAUAGAGACUUUGUCUGAUUGGUUGGGGACAUCAGAUAGACUGUUGCAUCAAAUUCAGGAGAAAAUCAAGUGGGCUGACACAAUGAGUGAGGUGAACAAGAAGCACCAGAAAGAAUUUGAAGACAGAGUGGAAGAGGCCAAAAAAUCAAUCAAGAAGUUAAACAAUUUAAGCAGGCAGACAUUGACUUACGGGGGCAUGACGAGUUUCUCUCUGAAUCUGGAGGAAUAAUGGAUUUUGAAGAGGACCGCGUCCGACCAAAAAGGAGGAGGCAACCACCGGCGUAGUUUCAAUUAGCCCUUACCAAUCUCUCCCAGAAUGGGACCUGCUGAUACCUUGAUUGAGACAUUUUGACGCCGGAGUUGAGUAAACUUUGUACAUCUGUCGUGUGAUGCCUCCACUGUAGCGAGUCUGUUUAUUUUGCCUUCUGGUCUUGGUGGGGACGUACAAGGCCAAACCUAGGCGUUAUGUUGCAUUUAUUUGGUAGUAAAUGGCCCAUGGAAGAAAUAACGUUGUUAUGAUUAUGGCACUGGGUUAUUCUCAAGUGUACUGAACGAUAACAGAAGCACCUCUGUUAAAUGAUGAUUGACUCGAGGCUUGCUGACUUGCUGCUCUAGAGGAGUUAGCAUAGCUGCUCAGGUAUACAAACUGCCAUCAUUUACUCUGCA